CAUCGCCCACUUUCUCCCUCACCCAUUCUAAAUUCUCUCCAUUUCGAAUUGAUCAAGUCGGCGACAACCCCAGAACGCUGCUUGUGUUCGGUGUUAAUGGCAGUGAAAAGGAAGAAAAUGGAGUCAUACAAUUCGAGCGGGAAAAGGGGGGAAGCCAAUGAAAAGAAGCAGAAGAAAAAGGAGGCUUCUCCUUCUCCACCAACACCACCACUACGAGAACGAGAUGAUGGAACACCAGUGAGGGCCAUUGCUUGUCUCAAAAUGCACCAUGAUAUGAAGCGCUUCGAGGAAACCGAUGAUUGCUUCAUCCUCGGAUUCGAUCCUUACAAGCCUGUUUCCCUCUCGCAAGAUGACGGCGUCGAUAUCUCUGUUGUUGCUGAAAAGGGACAGGUGGCUUGUAGAGAUUACCCGCAUUCAAGACAUCUGUGUAUCAAGUUUCCAUUCAAGACAACAUCUCACGAGAAACACUGUGAAUUGUGCUACUGUUAUGUCUGUGAUAUUACUGCACCUUGUAAAUACUGGAGGACCACUGAGGGUCAUUGCCAUGCAGAGAAUACCACUGUCUGGAGGGAUGUAAGGCUGGGUAUGAGGCACAGCAAACGUAAUUCAGAGAGGUCAAAUGGUAUACCACUGUCUGGAAGGAUGUAAGGCAGGGUAUGAGGCACAGCAAACUUAAUUCAGAGAGGUCAAAUGGUAUUUGAUGUAUUAUGCAGCUGUCAAACUCUACCUUAGAAUUUGUCAUUAUGGUGGGUUCCCUGUAAUGUUGGGAUCUAGGGUACGGGAUGGGAUGUAUAAGGUUCUCCCUCAAGAUAUGAUUUCUAAUCCUAAUAUGAAAAGUUGAUGUGAUAUAUAUCAGGGUCUGAAGUUA